GGAAGAGUGAGCGAAUACAUUGAACUGGAGGAUGUUACUGUAGAUCAGACAGACAUACACAGAGAGAGAGAGAGACACUGUUCACUCGCAUCCAAGAACAGACACAGAGAGACAAGCAGAGAGAACGAGAGCUGACUUCUCCUGUCAUCGGCAAAUAAAGUGGACUCUCUCCGAGCUGAUCCCACAGCGGAAGGCGAACGGAGGCAAUUCGCGAGCCGAAGGAGCGACCCCGACCAUCCAUCCGUUUCCAAGGGAACUUUGCAGUUGCUGCCCAGCCUUCCGGCAGCUGUACACUUGAGUCUCGCUGGAGAGCAGACGGUCACUCGGCUGUGUAAGAAACGCCUCAGGACUCUCGCCAAGUGAAUUGUCUGGGUUUUCUAUGUCUACAAAGAUGGAGCAACCAUUCUAUCACGACGAUUCCUUCUUUACGGGCUACGGGGCUUCCGACGGCGCUCUACACGAGUACGGGUCCAAAUACUUAAAGCCCAAUCUUAACCUCAACUUGGUCGAGCCGUCCCGGUCAUUGAAACCGCAGACCAGGAGCCCAGAAGAGGGCAUGUUGAACGGUGGCGACUCGGGACUCCUGAAACUCGCCUCUCCCGAGUUGGAGCGUCUGAUUAUCCAAUCGAGUAAUGGGGUGAUCACCACCACGCCCACCCCCGGACAGUAUUUCUGUUCGAGAAACAUCACGGACGAGCAGGAGGGUUUUGCGGACGGCUUCGUGAAGGCGCUGGAAGAGCUGCACAAAAUAAACCAUGUCGCGCCCAACGUGUCCAUCUCCGGCACGGGCAUGAACUGCAACGCCAACAAUGCGUACGGGAGCUCGGUGCCCUCGGAGGUGCCACCAGUCUACACGAACCUCACCGCCUACAAUUCCAACGCCUUGUCGGCCGGCGCAAGUUACCCCACCGCCACGAUCAGCUACCUGCCUCCCCAGCCGCUCGCCUAUAACCUGGCCCCUGUGCCCGUGGGUCACCCGAGGCUGCAGACUCUCAAGGAGGAGCCGCAGACCGUACCUGAGGUGCAGAGCCGAGGAGAGACCCCGCCGCUGUCUCCCAUCGACAUGGAGAACCAAGAGCGCAUCAAGGCGGAGAGGAAGCGCAUGAGGAACCGUGUGGCCGCUUCUAAGUGCCGCAAGAGGAAACUGGAGAGGAUAGCCCGGCUGGAAGACAAAGUGAAGACGCUGAAAUCGGACAAUGCGGGACUGGCGUCCACGGCCACCGUCCUGAGGGACCAGGUCUCCCAAUUGAAACAAAAAGUUAUGACUCACAUCAGCAGUGGAUGCCAGAUAGUAUUAACGCAGAAAUUGCAGGGCUUCUGAGCAAGAGAGACUGACGCUGAAAGGUAACACAAAAGAGGUACGGAAGAUGACAUUGGCUUCUUGCUGCCUCGAGAAGCAGGGGGAGAUAUCUCCCUGAAGCACUGGUCCGAAAUAAACACUGAGUGAACAGAAGGGGUUAGUGAACUGGCCGGGCGCCGAGCAGAGUUGCACAGGGAGAUCAGGACUCUUUCAAAUGACUUGUAUACAGAAAAGGUGCCUGGUGAAUCUCGAAACGCUGCGCGCGGCACCGCUCGUUUGUAAAUUAUUUCCCCCUCUCGUUUGAGUUCGUUUUCCUUGCUGGUUUUAGUUUUAACAGACUGGGUUCAAAAAUGUGUGUUUUAUUUGAUAUUUCUAUGGUUAUACCUGUAUUUAAGUAAAUAGUUUGUACUGUGAA